AUGAGUAGGUCGCAGGAUACCGUCAUCGAUGAUGACGAGGAGACUUGCCCACUCUGCAUCGAAGAGUUUGAUCUAUCCGACAAGAACUUCAGACCAUGUCCUUGUGGCUACCAGAUAUGUCAGUUCUGCUUCAACAGUCUGAAGACUACCUACGAAAAGAGUACUUGCCCAAACUGUCGAAGACCUUACGAUGAAAAGACCAUUCAGUACAAAAUCCCAACAGCUGAAGAAUUCAAACUCGACCAACUAAACAAGAAUAAAAAGCAAGCCGCAGCCAAACGAAAGGAAACCGAGAAACGUGAAGUGGAGAAUUCUUCACGUCGCAAUCUAGCUGGUGUGCGUGUCAAGCAACAAAAUCUUGUUUACGUUAUCGGCCUCAUACCGCAGAUCAAAGAUGAACAGGCACUGCUUCAAACACUCCGAGGUCCAGAAUAUUUCGGUCAGUACGGCGAAAUAGAGAAAAUUGUGGUGAGCAAAGCCAAACCAGGCGCUGCCAACCAGGGCAUCGGCGUUUACGUGACAUAUGCUCGCAAAGAGGACGCUGCUCUCUGCAUCAACACUGUCGAUGGAUCUCUCAACGGCGAUCGUGUUCUUAGAGCCCAAUUUGGCACCACCAAGUACUGCUCCGCCUAUCUGCGAGGGGAAACGUGUACCAAUAAAAACUGCAGCUUUCUUCAUGAGACGGGUGAAGAUGGCCAGCACAGCUCAUUGCAGAACGAACCCCACGGCGCAAAACUACCGAUUCGACCUGCAGUGUCAGCCACGACUUCGCAAAUGAACCCUCCACCUCGACCUCAUUCCGCCGCCCAAAACUCAGUCACCCAACCAAUGGCUCGGCAAGGUAGCAAAGAGAAUGACAACAGCAGAAAGAACUCCCACGACGGUUCUGCCUUACCCUCCACAGCCAGCUGGGCGACCGCCAAUGCGUCCGUCGCACGCACGAGACGAGCAAGUCAGACCAACAGCAGGGCCACUCCCAGUCCGCAAAUUACACAUGCUUCGCUGGCUGCUCAGAAAACGGACGAGCACAAAGGUAAGGAGCCUCAUGCCAGUCAACCAUCCACUUCGACCGCCCCGUCCAAGACGGUAUCGAGACCAGACCAAACAGUCUCCAAACCGAAGCCGAAACCUCUGGACCCGAUACAAAAACAAUACGAGGAGGUUCUACGAUGUGUAUCACGAAGUUACCGAUUCAUUUACGACGACUCGUGUCUCAGCCCCGAAGCUCGCGCCGCAGUGGACGACAUGCCCUGUUUUAUCGACCCUUACGGCGGUGCCAAACGUCGCGCUAUGCGGGAGAAAGAAGAAGCCGAACGUGCAAAGCUAGAGGCUGAGGCAAAGGCCAAGCUAGAAGCCCAAGCCACAUCUGCCGCCGAAGAGACUCUAGACGAAGACAACAUUGUUGCUGGUAGCCUCGCUCUAGGGGGCGAACCAGAGGAUGAUCCAAGAGGUUCUUCAGCUCGUGGAGCGAUCGGACGGCCCUCCCAGUCUUUGAGCGACCAAUUUCCGUCCACGGCUUUGAAUAAUCGCAGUUUGACCCCUCAACAACGACAACAAUUGGGCCUUCUCAACACUAGCAAUCUGCCACAAGCACCCGGCCUGGGUCAACCCAGCUCCCAGAACAUCGCUUUCGAGAUGUCAGAUUUUGACAGAAGAGGACCACAGUACAGCCAAGCCCAGUACGAACAGAUUAGCAGUCAUCAACGUCAUGGUUCCAGAUACUUCAAUAACGACGCCAAAGCUGGGACAACUAGUCGCUUCCAAGGGCAGCAGCAAAACUUCUAUUCCAGCGGCGUUCAAGGACCUCCACCUGGCUUGCCGACAGCUGGGACGCCUCCGGUUAGUGGCGGUGGCAUGUUCGCUCAUGGCCAGAAUUUCACAAACCCUGGUUUUGGAACUUCCAAAGACAUUAACGCCGAAGUCUAUUCAAGAAAUCGCAGUGGAACAAAUCAAGGUCAUGAUCUGUCUAAGCUGGAUGAGAAGAAUUUCCCCCCUCUGCCAGUCCGUCCAGAGACACAGCCUUCGGCUCUGCAUUCACGCGUCUCCUCCUUCCAGAGUCAUUACAGCUCCGGUCUCCGGUCAUCGACACCGAAAGUUCCUCCUGGAUUUGAGCUCAGCCACGGACAUCCCCCUCCCAUCAGGUCGACGUCUCCAACCCUGCCUGCUCAGGCGGUCGGCCAACGAAGUACAUCGGUCAGUUCCGUACCUAUCGCUCCAGCAGUGCCAAUCGUUCCGAUCGCCCCUCGCACAUCAACUCCGAAAACAAAGGAAGACGCCAAGGUCACGCCGGUUGAAGAUGCGCCUGUCUCAAGCAAGAAGUCUGGUCUUGGAGUGACCGAUAUCAGUCUGGGCUCCCCUCAGCCAAAGUCCAGCCGCCAGAAGCUUGAGACUGAGAAAAAGUCAGAUGUAUCGGGAAGAGUUGAAGAGAAACCUCAGAAGAAAGAUGACCCCCGUACUCCUGCAAAAGUCGAAGACAUCAAGGGUAAAGGGAAAGCCCCAGCAGCGAAAUCUGGAAGAACAGAAUUACCUUCAGGGACCGCCUCAGAUGCCCCUACCACCUCGUCGCUGCCUUCUGUCAACACCAGUGCGUUGGACAAGUCUGCCACGCCGAUUUUGGAUUCGGCGGUCGUUGGGACACCGGCGACUAUGAGCCCUCGACCGACUACGCCUGUUACUACAACUCCAUCCGAGACAUCGAGGACGUCUAUCCCACGGCCAAGAACUCUACGCGUGACAACUGGAACGCUUAGCAAGACGCUAGAACAGACCCCUGCUUCUUCUACGACCGAGAAAUCCAGCGCUGUGCCUCCCGUUUCUGCUAUCAAGAAAGGCUCGAGGCGGCUAUCUCUCUCAUCGGCUCAGCUUAGUAGGCCUUCGACUCCCGCAAUGUCUGAGCGCCUUUCCCAUGAUGCUUCCCGUGCCAGCUCUCCUCCGCCGAGUAUUGUCGGAUCUGCUCCGGAACGAACCAAAAGCAAGGCCCAACUAAAGAAAGAACGCCGAGAGAAGGCGAAGAAGACAACCGAAACCACAGAUACGGUCCCAAGCGCUGCUACAACGCCCGUAGUGGAAGAGGUUGCACCGGUCAUCGCUCGACAAAAGAAACAAAAGAAGCAGCGAGUGGAGAGUAGCGCUCCAGCUAGUGGCGACGAGAGAGUGAAGCCAAAGACAGAGAAUGUUGGCAUCAAAUCGCAGGACGUAACCGAAAAACAGAAGGUGGAAACGAUUGAGGCAAAAGCAGAUCCAAAAAAGGUAGAGGAAAAGGAGAAGGCUGCUCUUCCCGCCUCGCGCCAGGCAGAAAAAUCUGCGAGCCAGACUCAGAAAUCAGGCUCUUCUCGAACAGCAACACCCCGACACGAGUCUACGCCUAGAUUCGAGGAGGCCAAGAGCACCUACACAAUGCGCGACCUGUACAACGAGGCGGAGAAGAUGGCAGCAGCCUCUGACGACGUUUCGACCCAUGCAGCUAUGCAAAAACUCCUCAACGAGCAUAUCUCCUCGAUGCCUAAGAUCUUCUCAUCGCUCAUCCAAAUGGGGGACCUUUCUCGGGAUCACCCGUGGCUCAAUCCACCGUCGUUCAACUCAGCUACGUAUAAGUUACCGCCAGACUCCCGACGCGGCCAAGAGUAUCUCGAUGGCAACGGAUACAGUGCCAACGAUGCUUUUGGCUACAUCUACCUACCACUCAAGGAGAAGCAAGCACUGAAGGACGGCAAUGCCGUUAGUGUUGCCGAUGCAGGGGAGCGAAAAGACGAUCUAUUGAAAAGAUGUCUGGUGACGCCUAAUGGAUGGGUCCUAAGACAUCUCAGCGCUGAUGAGGGUGAGAAGCUACUCGAGCUCGAGGAGCGACGACAACUUUAUCUAGAGGAGUUCGGAGACGUGGGCACCAUGGCUGGGUUGGGUGUCCUCGAAGCCGACGAUUACACCAACCUUGGCGGCGGGAUGGAGAGGCUUGCCCGACAGGGUGAACGACACGGUGUAGUUUGGAUCAUGGGCGAGGAUGGUGAGAUGAUUGAUGACGACGAGUUUGAGCCAUUCGACGACGAAGACGGCGAGAUCGACGGCGAGAUCGGCGAUAGCGAUGAAGAAGGCGAAGAGGAGCUGUACGGCGAGGGGGAAGGCCUGGAUGAGGAGGGCGAGGAAGGCUUUGAAGGCGACGAUCCGGUCAACAUGCCUGGGAGCUGGGAUCUCUCUACUCGGGACCCUCAUCAAGCCACCAGAGUUGCUUCUGGUGGGCGGAUCAACUCUCUUCCCGGCCUUGGUCCGCAUUCUAGGACGAAUGCGCUGCGCUUGCCUUCAAGAGGCCCAUCAAUUGGCAUGGAAGAUCCUGCACAGCAGGACAAUCGCGUCACUGCUGGUCCGAGCACAGGUCCUCAACACGCAAACAAACCCUCUCCGGCGCCAUCAGCGCCUGCUACUACAGCAAACACUGCAACGACAGAAAAUGUGAAUGUCCGUCUUCUUGACGCGGACGCGCUACAGAAACGUGUCCAGGAAUCACAAAAAGCACUGGAUGCCGCACGCAAGGAGAUGGAAAAGACCGAGAAACUCUGGAACAAAAAGGCGAAGGACAUCGCGACGGCAGCGCUGGAAGGUCCGUCGCGAAAAAGCAAAGGAAAGGCAAAAGCAAAAGCAAAGGACAAGGGGAGCGCACAGGCCUGCAACGAUCCGCGACAGAGUCCCAGGGAAAUUGAGAUCACAAUACCCCAACCUGAUCCAUUAUUGCCCCGGUUCCUUGACGUCUUUGACAGCGAUCCUGAUGGCCCGGCCACGACCUUGUGGGUCGAAGGACCUCUUAUAUCUGGAGACUUUGAGAUGAAUGGCGACGUCAAUACCUCAGCAACGACUAGAACAACCUUGAACAAACGAGAGAGCCACAUGCUCCACAUUUUGAGGGCAGCUGAUCCAUUUGACAAUCAGAUUCUUUGCAGAAAGAUCUGUGUGGUUGAGGAAUGGGAUUGGCGCUAUCGAUACGACGAAGCAAAUGGUGGUGCCGCAGAGCCUCACCUGCGUGGACCGGACCGCCUGAUCCAGCAUGUCGUGGCCGCGGCCGCAGCACUGGAUGGCAUCGACCUCGAGGAGGUCAGAAGCGAUGUUGAACCCAGGAGGAGAAUGCGCGAUUGGCUCAUCGUCACCAAGAAAAUCCGGCAGCCGUGGGAAAACAGGGCCAGCCUCCUUGCAUCCCCCGUCCCUCCUAGCGCUGGCCUUCCGCCCCCGGAAAUGUGGCAUCUCUUCGGAUCUCCGCAGAUUUUUGCCCGACGAGCCAGGAUGAGAAAGGUGAAUCCCAAGGAACUUAAGGCUCUGAUCUUCCUACGAGAGAUCAUUUCUCAACGCUGGGUGUUGAAGACCAGGGGCAUCGUGCUUGACGAUUCAUUUUACGAAACUCAGCGGAGGGCCGACCUCUGGGACUGGGCACUGGAGUGUUAUGACGGGUUGCUGAGGGUUUGGCAGUUUCAGAACCAGAAGAAGCCAGUGGGAUACUUGAAGAGGAAGUAA